AUGAUGAACUUUGUCAUCUUUGGCGUCCUGCUCUUCGUCCUUGGCGGCGGCGGCCUCAGGCCAUCUCCGGCAGCUGCAGACGUAUUCUGCGACAACCUUAAACAGGUGGCCGCCACUCUCCCCCAAAACACCUCCUCCUCCCCCGUACAGUUCGCCACCUCCAUCGUCGGCCAAGCCCCCGACGUCGUUUACGCUCUCGCCUUCUGCCAAGGCGACUACAACGCCACCGCCUGCGGCGAAUGCGUCGCCCAGGCGUUCAAUAUAACCCCGCCGCCGGACCAGCACCAGCAGUGCUACAACGACGGCUUCUACUCCUACAAAGCGUGCCCGGUCUUCUGGUCCCGCGACAACGUCGUCGACCCCUCCAACGCCACAGGACAAACUUAUUACGACGCUCCUUUUGUGAGAUGGAACAUCAAGAACGUCACCGGAGACGCCGCCGACGUCCGCCUCAUCACGGGCCUCAUCCACGAGCUGGUGGUGGAUACCGUGGAAAGGGCGGCCAGCACGGCGCCCAGGCGGUUCGCCACGGGCGUCAUGGACAGUGGCACCACCUUCCCGACGGUGUACUCCAUGGCGCAGUGCACACCGGACCUGUCUGCCGGCGACUGCCUGGCGUGUCUCCGGCGCCUCGUCGACAUGGUCAACUCCACCAUGGCCCUGAGGAUGGGAGCGCAGAUCCACGUGAUACGCUGUUAUUUCAGGUACGAGGCCUAUUCGUUCUACGACAGCCAACCCAUGCUUCGUCUGGGACCGGUGCCGGCGCCAGCUCCAACUCCAACUCCAACUAUACUGGCGAAACACAAGAGCAAACUCUGGGUGAUUGCAGUUGUGCUAGUUCCUCUAGCAGCAGCAGCAGCAGUUCUCUGCUUCAUUUUCUACUCCCCUUGGUUCAGAAGGUACAGGAAAGGUAAAACGAUGAGGCCAAAAGCAGGAUCUCAAGAAUUGCAGGGAGAAGAACAAGUUUUGGACGGGAAGAAUUCAGAGUUCUCGGUGUUUGAGUUUGAACAGAUACUGGAGGCCACACAUAAUUUCUCAGAUGAAAACAAGCUUGGAGAAGGAGGCUUCGGCGCUGUCUACAAGGGCCAAUUUGCUGAGGGAUUGGAGAUAGCAGUCAAGAGACUUGCUUCACAUUCAGGGCAAGGUUUCACAGAGUUCAAAAAUGAAGUCCAGCUCAUAGCCAAACUCCAACACAGUAAUUUGGCAUGGCAAUUAUGGGACGAUGGAAGGUGGAUUGAUCUAGUUGAUGCAUUUUUGGUUCCCAAGAGCCACUCAGCAGAAAUGACUAAGUGCAUUAAAAUUGCAUUGCUAUGUGUACAAGAAAAUGCGACUGAUCGGGCGACCACCUAA